GAUUAAGGAACAACCUGGUUCGAUUUUUUGCGAGUCAAGAUCGGCCAAAAACUCUCGUUUUGAAAACAGGACAUUUGAAUAAAUGGAGUCUUCCGAUGAGACAGGAUGCCAAGCUCCAGAAGGACCCAUCCUUUGCAUCAACAACUGUGGCUUCUUUGGCAGUGCAGCCACCAUGAACAUGUGUUCCAAGUGCCACAAGGACAUGAUCUUGAAGCAGGAGCAGGCCAAACUUGCAGCUACCUCCUUCGACAAUAUUGUGAAUGGUGGCUCAGGCAACAAUGGGAAGGAACCUGUAGUUGGUGCUGCUGUAGAUGUGCAAGCUGGACCAGUGGAAGCGAAGGUUCUUUCUACACAAGCAUUGUGUGAUUCAUCCUCAAGCCAGAGUUCAGAGGUGAAAGUAAAAGAGGGUCCAAACAGGUGCAACACUUGCCGCAAGCGUGUGGGUUUAACAGGUUUCAGUUGCAGGUGUGGAAAUCUUUUCUGCGCAGUUCAUCGCUACUCUGAUAAACAUGAGUGUCCAUUUGAUUAUCGGACUGCUGCUCGGGAUGCUAUAGCAAAAGCCAAUCCUGUUGUGAAGGCAGAAAAGCUGGAUGUGUAAGAAGACUAGCAGAGA